AUGGGAGGCUGCGUCGGCCGGCUGGUGGCAGCACGGGCGCUGGCAAGCCUGCUGGCUCUGUGCCUGCUGCAUGCCGCCGCACAGGCGGCAGAUGCAGGCGCCGACAGCGGCACCAGAGAGGCAGAGGCGGAGGCGGAGGUGUCCCUGAUGCGCAGCGUUCGGCAGGCUCUGUACGAAUCCCACCCAGGGCUGGCCUACCGACUGGAGGGCUGGCACCCGGCCGACAAUGUAACCCACCCCUGCGACUGGAACCGUGUGUGGUGCAACGCAGACCGGCGCAUCGCAGUGCUGCGAGCAGUGCUGACUCUGGCCGCCACGGGCACCGGCUGCGCCCCGCUCCCCGACGUCGCCCCCGGCGCCCUGCCGAGCCUUGUGUCGCUCCUGCUGGCCUUCCCGGGGCUCAGCAGCACGCUGCCUGCCAGCUGGGGUGCAGCUGGCAGCGUGCUGCCCUCGCUGGCGCGCCUCGAGGUGCAGCUAGAGCUGACGGGCCCGCUACCCGCAGCCUGGGCCCUGGGCUUCCCCCUGCUGACCAAGCUGACCAUCACCGGGGCGGACCCCACACCUCCACGUCGCAAGGCCCCGGUGGGCUGCCGGCUUCCCAUCGAUGGCCCACUUGGCCUGUACGCUUUGGACCUGUCGGGCCACUUCCCACUGGGGUGGAGCAGCAGCGGGUUCCCGGCUCUGAAGACCCUGUGA